CAACUACUUGCCGAAUACCCCUUGUUAUUGGAGCAAUUGGAUGGUGAAAAUCUGGUUGGAAUACGCGGGUGACUUUUUAAAUGUAUACAUACAUGGAAUACCUACAAAAAUGUUUUUUCAAAUCGACAAACUGGAACGAAGAUAACAUUUAUUCCAACAUAACGGCGACUUCUCAAGCCCUUUUAGAAUUCCCCAUCCCCAAUGGUUGCAAAUUGGAUAUAUCUUCGAAAGCCACCGAGCAUCUGGCGUCUUCGUUCACGUUGUCGAACCAUCGUAUCAUCAAUGGGUCGCUUGCUUAUCUUUACUCGUCGUAUCCAUUGAAAAAUACAACUGGGACUAAGGAUAUCUCGUUGCAAGAUGCCAUAGCCGGUUUCAGGAUCAUUGAACCCAGUCCGAUUACUUCUUACCAACUGAAUAUAAUCAAGAACAAUAAGACUCUUUUAUAUGGAAGAAUGUACUUCCCGGGAUCGGCGCUAGAAGCAAUGAUCAUCAAGAGAUUUUCCGAUACAAACCAAUUAUUGAUAAAGUGCAUUAAUAACCCAAUCUUGGAGAAGAAUGGGACCUUGAUUGUAUAUUUACAGAAAAACACUUCGAGAUAUCUGAGAGAGUUUAUUUAUUCUACCAAUGAAGCUUUAAUGGGAUUCCGUUGUUUAUAUAACUUUGGCAUUAAUAAAGAGAAGAGUUUUUCAUCGAAUUCUCCCUUGAUUCCAAAAUUUGAUAACUCGGUCAUUUCUAUUGGUACUGAAAUAUGGUAUGCUGCAUUAUCAAUGAGUCCUGGUUUAUCUACUGCUUUACGUUAUUCAACUCGUUCAACUUCAACCGGUAAACCUUUAACGAUGACUUUAUCUUGUAAUCCAAUAUUAGGUCACAUUUCUUCCACUUACAAUGUUAAAACUUCGGUAUCGUCAACGUUUAGUUCUAAAUAUGAUUUUAACUUCUUUUCGUACGCCAGUAAUUUAUCCCUUGGGUUUGAACUUUAUAACUACUCCAAAAUGAAAACUCCUCAAUUAUUCACUAAUCAUAUACAAAAUCAUCAUCAGUUCAGCGAAUCAGAUAAAAACGUUCCAAUUCUUCCUUUCAAAGAUCAAAGAAAUCCUCAAAAUGUUAUAAUAAAUCCUAUACAAGAUUUGAAUGAUUAUUAUUCAAUAAAUCCAAACUUACUAUCAAGAUCGGAUCUGCGCAAAAAUCAGCACCUCAACCAGUUUUCAAAUGAGUCUGUCAUGACAGCUUUCCAAAACCUCGUCAAUGAUAGUGAUUUUUCAAGCGUAUUAAAAGCUUCUACAAGUCUAAAUGAUAAAAUGGUAAAAUUUCUUUGGGAAGGUCGGUGUAAAGACUUUUUGGUCAGCACAGGGGUGAAAAUUAACCUCAACCCUCUAACAAACCACCCUGAAGUCCACCGGUUGGGUAUAAACUUCUCCUACGCUUGUUAACUCUUCAUGAAUGAAUAAUGACAUUAUAUACUACUUUGUAAUCCUCCAUCCGGGUAAUCCUUUUUUUUUUUAGAGUGCGC